GGCGGAGCCCCAACCUGUCUGUUUGUACAAUCAGGAUGUGUCAGAUUCCAUUCAUGGACUCACACCCUUCCUGUGUCCCCCGGGGGCCCCAAGAGCCCAUUCACUGACUGCACCGCUGAGCCCGGGACCCUGCGGAACCGCCGGCCCAUGGGCCGCACCUCAUUGCCAGGUCCCGCCUCUCGCCCCCCUGUGGUGCAGCCCGAUGGCCCGUCGCUCCCAGAGCUCCUCGCAGGGGGAGAAUCCCCUGGACCCCAAUUACCUGCCGCCGCACUAUAAGGAGUAUUACCGUAUCGCCAUCGAUGCGCUGGCGGAGAAUGGCCCCGAGGCCUACGAGCAGUUCCUUAUGGAGGAGGGGGCCCCCGACUUCCUGUGCCCCAACGAGGUGGAACAUAUCAGCAGGAGUUUGCAGAGACCCCCCGAGAGCGGCCAGGAGAACCCGUACCCCGACAGCGUGUAUGGCUCGCAGGAGGAUGCCGACGGCUCCUCGGGGACUUACUGGCCAAUGGACUCGGACACGGCGGCCCCAGAACUGGAUCUUGGCUGGCCCACGAUCUACGGCUUCCAGGGAACGGAAGUGACCACCUUAAUGCACCCCCCGCCCCCCGACAACCCAACCAUUAAAGAGGAGGUGCGAAGGAUGAUCAGAUCCGCCCAGCAGGUAAUUGGGAUCGUCAUGGACAUAUUCACCGAUGCGGAUAUUCUGAGCGAACUGCUCGACGCGGCCAAUCGGCGCAUCCCUGUCUACAUCAUCCUGGAUCAGAUGAACUGUCAGCUUUUCCUAGAUAUGGCCGCCAAAUACCGGGUCAAUCUCAACUAUGUGGAGUUCCUCAGGGUACGGACAGUCUCGGGCCCCACCUACUUCUGCAGGAAGGGAUCCACCUUCAAGGGGAAUCUCCAGGAGAAGUUUCUGCUGGUCGACUGCACCAUGGUGCUGAGUGGCACUUACAGCUUCAUGUGGUCUUUUGAGAAGAUCCAUCGCAGCAUCGCCCACAUCUUCCAAGGGGAGCUGGUCUCCAGCUUUGACGAAGAGUUUCGGAUCCUGUUUGCCCAGUCGGACCCCCUAAUUCCUUCAGAAAGUGCCCUGGCAAAGAUGGACAAGUCGUACAUGGGGAUGGUGCCUUUUGCUGGACCCCGGCCCAUGUUUGACCGGAAGCUUCACUUCAUGUUUCCUAGAGAAGAGAAUCCAUCCCAGCAGUUUCCUUCCUAUGGCGUCGACCCGGAUCGACAUUACUUCCAGCCCUUCAGAAGGGAAGACAUGAUACGGCAGACCAUGGACCCGGGGGGCAUGCGUAUGUACGGCAAGAACCUUGGGGACCCAAUGGACAAAAUGCAGAUGUCCUUUGUGCAGAACAAGCAGCUGGAGGCAAUGGAGGCCUUUAAGAGACACAGCUUUGCAGAAGGAACGUUUGAGAACUACACCUCCUCCAGGCAGUACAGCCGGCAAAUGUUCAUGAACAACAACGACGAGUACAGACUCCAGUCAAGCCAAGUGCAGAAAAGUCAGUUCAUGCAGUUCCAGAGCCCCCUUGGCACUGCCCGGCCUCAGGGGCUGUUUGAGAAGAUCAGGGGCGGUCGGCAGGGUUUGCAAGAGAUGGAUGAGUUUGACUCCCGCUACCCGACCAAGGGCUUGCCAGGAGAAGGUCACUUUGCACUUGACGGACCUCCCAUGAGGCCUGGUUAUAACCCUUCCAAUUCAUCUCGGGAAGUGAGGCAUGGGUCGGACCAGAUGGUGAUUGGUGGGGAGGGACGGUUUGGCCAAAGAUCUCUGGGAAGGCAGAAGUUCAUGUGCCAGAUCUCCCCCACACAGAAACAGGGGAUGGAGCCAAAGUAUUUUUUCCAUGACCAAGAUGCCGAUAAAAAGCCGCAGGAAAACAAGCAAGGCUUGCGGAGCUGGAGGAUCUCCUCCUAUCUGAGCGGCAUCCAGUCAGACCAGGAUGAAGAGGGCCUGCCCAUUCCUUUAGAUCCAGAACUAUACGAUGAUGCUUUGGUACCUGUGGAAAGGGCAGUGCCAGCUAGUGACACUCUCUUCAAAUACUCCAUGGACCCAGUGCCCCCGUACCAUCCCGGCACAGCGCCACACGAUCUGCCUUAUGACAGAGCAAAUGAGAAUCCCAUGAAGUUCUCCAUGGAUCCAGUUCAGCUGCACAGACCCAACGUUCCUUCUCAAGAUGUUCCGAUGCAUUUAGAAAGAGCGGGUAAUGAGAGUCUCGUGAAGUACUCGCUCGAUCCAAUCCCGCCUUUCAAGCCCAAUGUUGCCGGCACCGAUGUGCCUAUGCCACUUGAGCGAAAACCAACUGCAAAUGAGAUUCUAUCAAGAUACUCUGUUGACCCAAUUCCGCCAUACAAAACUUUUGGGUCUACGGGGGACCUGUCGGUAGAAAAGGCCAAGGAAAACCCCCCUGCAGAGAAAGAGAAGGAAGAAGGACUGUUGUCUAGACACGAUUCGUUUAGAACUAGGACCAACCCACUUAUCCAGAGGGGCUCUCGUCUGAGGUCCUCUCUCAUCUUCAGCAGUUCCAAAUUGGAGCAGCACACUUCAACGGCAGAGUCCGUACAGGAGAUGCAGAAAGAACAAAGUACCAGCGAGUUGGUCAGUGAAAAUGAAACUGGGAGGACAACAUCCAAAGUGGCUGAGAUCCUUCAGAAAUACAGAGGGAUUAACAAGGACGCCAAUAGCACCACUGUGACCCAAGCCAAGGCAGCUUCCAGAACCAUCCACGAGGAGUCAGAAGAUGGCCAGAGCGUGAGUGCAGAAGAGGUGGCCUAUAAGGCAGUAGAAUCUACUGUUGAUACCAAAGGCUCUAUGAGCCACGUGCAGCAGGAGUCCCAGUACAGAUCUGUAGCCUCUUCCCACUUAGAAAGCCUUUUAGGUAAACACCAGACAACCCUUUCCAUGAGUAAGGUCGAACAGAUGACUUCAAGUAUCCAAACCAUAGGGAACAUCUCAGCUGCUCCUUCUGAAAGUGGACCUACAGUACCAGAACUCUCUGAGGUCCAUAAACAGAGCUCCAUAAGCCACAUGCAACAAGAGUCCCACUACAAAUCUGUGGUCACGUCUAAGCUGGAAGGCCUGUUAAACCGAGACCAACAGGUCAUGUCCAUGAGUAAAGUUGAACAGACAUCUUCCACCAUCCAAACCAUCGGGAACAUCUCCCCUGCUCCCCCCGACAGUAAGGAAAGCGGACCUACCAUAACAGAAGUCACAGAGGCGACCCAGUCUUCAGAGAACUUACCAACCAGACCCAAUUCUGCUUUCCAUUUUGGGAGUGCCCUGGAAAGUAUGUCCCAGAACCCAACUCCUUCCAGCUCCUUAAAUAAAUCGGAGGAGGACCUGGCCAAAACAGACCAGAACUUCUUCCGCAAAGGUUCUAUGAGGCUGAAACAGUUUCUGCAGUCAAAGGCAGAGAAGAAGGCAGAGGAAGACCUCGCUUCAGAUAACGCCAAGGCGGAGAAGCAGCACAGCACCCUCAGGCGCCUCUCCAAAUCUGACAGUCAGGAGGUGGCGGCGAGCACAGACAUGGAGGAGAAGUCAGCCAAAUCCUUAUCCGUGUCUCCUCCCAAGACCUCCUCUAUUUCUCAGAGCCGACUGUCGGCUUCAACAUCCAAUGUCAUCUUCAGCAGUAAUCUCCGUGAUGACACCAAGGUUAUUCUGGAGCAGAUUUCCGCCAACAGUCAGAAGAACCGGGCCGAGAUGGUGAAACAGGCGCAGCAGAUCCAAGCCACCGGGGAUCCAGACCCCGCAACUUCCAAGCCUGAAAGCAAAACCGAGGGAACCGCCAGUACAGACGCGGCGGCCAUAACCAGGACUGGGAGCUUCCUCAGCCGAAGCCGCUUCUCCAGGCCGUCGCCGAGCUCGCCCGAGGACCGAGACAUCCUGCUGAAGCGCAUGGAGAGCAUCCGUAAAGAGAAACGCGUCUACAGUAGGUUUGAGGUGUUCUGCAAGAAGGACGAGCAGCCCAGCCACGCCGACGACAACGACGAUAAGAAAGCCGGGAAAAUUAUUCCUAAACUAUUGGGAAACUUGAUAAAGAAAUAGCCCCCCAAGUGCCACCUUAUUUAAAUGCUUCCUGUGGGACGGCCUACAUUUUAACUCCUCCCCUUUUGGAGACCAACGUUCUAUAUAGCAACAUGACAUUUACUAAACUCCUGCCCCACUCUCUGGGGUUAUUGCCCCUUGGGUUAUUGCCCAUUCCCCAUGAACUGUGAGUCUUAGGGAUACUCCCUUCGGAGACCAGCACAAAAGCCAUUGUCUACUUGCCCCAGUGCAGGGCAGGACAAAAUCCCUGGCACUCAUGCCCCAAGGGAGGGUAGUACCAAGCACAGAGCCGGUUGUCUAUUGGUCGGCUACGUAGCGGCACUGACCCCCAUUGCACACUGUACUUGCCUACACACCCCCCCCCCCAGUAGGUGCUGAAAGAACGGGAACAAAGUCAUUGAUCUAUUUGCCCCAGUGGGUGACUAAAGGGAAAGUUAACUUUUAGCUGCUGAUUUGCAAUAACAUAGGUGCCCAAUUGCACAGGUCCAGUUGCCCGUAGCAACAAGUCAGCCGCCAGUUGAUCAGUCUGCUACAAGUUAGAUAAUGAAAGCAGAGAUCUGGUUGGUUGCUAUGGGUAACUACACCGGUGCAAUAGCACCUCUGCUAGUAAAUAAGCCCCUCGCUGAGGUGGGAAUUAUCCCGGAAAGAUCAUUUUAUUUAUUUUU